CGAAGAUGAUUAAAUACACUGCCUUCAAGUACGCCCCGGUGUUGGCAUUCCAACUACUUCUAAUGGUGCUGUAUUUUAUAUUCGUGAGAUAUGGAGGUGGUGAGGAUGCUAAUAUUAAAGGGUUCGAAGAUACUCAUGUGAUGAUCUUCAUUGGUUUUGGCUUUUUAAUGACAUUCCUCAAAAAGUACAGCUACAGCGCACUUGGGUUCAACUGGCUGUUGGCAGCCCUAGUCAUUCAAUGGGCACUACUCUGCCAGUCCUUCUACCACAUGAAGAAUAACACUAUUUAUGUCACUAAGAAGUCUUUGCUUGAAGCGGAUAUUAUGUCUGCGACAGUUCUCAUAACUUUUGGUGCAUUAUUAGGAGUGGCCAGUGGACUGCAGUUGUUGUUCAUAGCUAUUGUUGAAACGGCUGUUGCUUGCCUCAAUAUGUGGCUAGUGGCGGAUGUAUUUAAGGCAUCUGAUGUUGGUGGCUCGAUAGCAAUUCAUACCUUUGGAGCAUAUUUUGGGAUCGGUGUCAGCAUGGCGCUGAAAUCAAAGAAUAAGGACACAACUCCUACUACAAAUGGAAACACAACUCCAAGCGUCGACCUGAAUGCCCCUAGCUACAUAUCCGAUGUCACUGCUAUGAUAGGAUCAAUAUUUUUGUGGAUAUAUUGGCCAUCAUUUAAUUCGGGACUAACGAACACAGACGCCGAAUAUCAAAGAGCUGUUGUCAAUACGUAUUUAUCUCUGGCUGCUGCUACGGUAACUACAUUUGUCUUGUCAUCAGCACUGAAUGAGCACAAAGGUAAAUUUGACAUGGUCCACAUCCAGAACUCGACCCUGGCUGGUGGAGUGGCUGUGGGCUCCGUGUGUAACAUGCAGAUCGGAGCUGGUGGAGCAGUGGCUAUUGGAAUCGGCGCGGGGAUCUUGAGCGUUCUAGGAUAUCGUUACCUGACACCCAAACUCACAAAGAUUGGCAUCCUGGACACUUGCGGUGUGAACAACCUUCACGGUAUGCCUGGAAUCUACUCCGGUGUUCUCUCCGUCCUGUUCGCCGGUCUAGCCACCAGCGACGCUUAUGGCGCUGAACUUGGCACUGUUUUUAGUGGCAUUGGCCAGAAUGGCAGAACUAUUGGACAACAAGCUUUGAAUCAGUUCCUAGCUCUUGUGGUGACUCUGUUAUUAUCACUGGUAUCUGGAUUUCUAACAGGUCUCCUCUCAAAGAUUCCAGCACUGGAGCCCCUGAAGCAGAAAGAAUGGUACAACGACGAAAUCAACUGGGAAUUACCUUAAUCGACCCUUUGUUUAGCGACCCCGUUGUGUUUACGAAAGAUUUUUAUCCUCUCCGUGGAUUCACAACGAAAAUGUAGGUUUUACAAGGAAAACAAUAAUUCCCAAAAGCUUGUAGAUCGACACGGGUUGUAUUAUUUUAUUCGGAUAAAAAGUAUUGACUUAUUAAUGAGCUAAGUGAAUCUGACAUCGGUGGAUAGAUAAGCGUACUGACCACACGCCUUUAACGAAUUACUGCCUAUUGAAAACGUGAAUGUAGCCACCUAAUGUACGUUAUCAUAAUAGAACCUCUUGUGAGUUUACUGGUGGUAGGACCUCUUGUGAGUCCACGCGGGUAGGUACCACCACCACGCCUAUUUCUGCCGUGA